AUGUCUGCCCAAAAGGCCGCCCGUGUGGGCGAAGAGUAUGCCCCUCCACCCCGUGCACGAUAUGACGAACACCAGCUAAUGGACAUCGGAACAGGAUCUGGAAGUAUGCAAGGCUGGCCCACUCAACUCUACCCGUAUGCUAAUAAGUGUAGGACACGAAUCGAUAAGGUCAAUGCGGAGUUAGUUGUUCUCACAUAUGGCACCAUCGUUGCCCAAUUAUGCAAGGACUUUGAUGGAGACUACGUUGAGGUCAACAAACAGCUGGACAAGAUGGGCUACAAUAUUGGGUUACGAUUGAUCGAGGACUACCUGGCCAAGUCAAACACGAUGAAGCGGUGCUCCAACUUCCGUGAAACUGCGGAUAUGAUCUCGAAGGUCGGCUUCAAGAUCUUUCUAAACAUCACACCGACGAUUACGAACUGGACAAGCGACAACAAACAAUUUUCACUCGUUUUUGAGGAAAACCCUUUGGCAGACUUUGUCGAACUCCCUGAUGACGGACGGGCGCAGGACGAGCUGUGGUACUCGAACAUCUUCUGCGGAGUGUUGCGUGGGGUGCUGGAGAUGGUACAGAUGCAAGUCGAGGCGCAUUUCAUCAGUGAUGUGCUAAGAGGAAAUGAUACCACGGAGAUGAGGAUAUCGCUUAUCCGGUAUAUCGACGACGAGCUGCCGCCAGAAGAUGACUGA